ACUUGGAAUUUGGGAGCUGGAAAGACAAGCCAAAAUUGGAAAGUGGGCAAUUGAGCAGAGAAAAAGUUCAGAUAACCCAACAUUUUUUGUUCUGUUUCUGUACAACACUACACUAGAAUUCUCUUCAUCUCCCAGCCCCCACUUGCCCAUCAUCUCAACUAAAUAUAGCCAGAAUUCAAUCAAAGAUAAGAAAGGAAAAAAUAAAUCCGAUUGUUAGUUUUCCAUUUUAGUAAAGUAUGAGCAAAGGGCAAUUCCCUCUUUUCUCAGACAUUGGCAAAAAAGCCAGAGAAAUUUUGUACAAGGAUUUUGACUAUGAAAGGAAAUUCAUUGUCACCACCCAAACUGCAGAUGGACUUGCCCUUACUUCCAGUACUGUACAAAAAGAAAGUCAUUCAGUUGGCAAUGUGGCUGCACAAUACAAAUACAAGAAUGCGGCUGUUGAUGUCAAAGUUGAUACGCAGUCUAAUAUAGCCACGAGCCUUACUUUAACUGAUAUCGUGCCAUCUCUUAAGUCAAUAGCUUCUAUCAAGCUCCCUCACUACACCCCUGCCAAGCUUGAGCUUCAGUACUUUCAUGAACAUGCAACAUUUGGUUCAUCUGUUUCUUUGAACAAGUCCCCUGUUUUUGAUGUUUCAGCCACCUGUGGCACUCCAAAUACUGUAAUUGGUGUAGAGGCUGGUUAUGAUACUUCAGCUGCUGAUUUUACUAAGUAUAAUGCUGGCAUAAGCAUUAUGAAACCAGAUUCCUGUACAUCUCUUAUCUUGAGCGAAAAGGGUGACCUAGUUAAAGCAUCAUAUUUAUAUUACCUUGAUCAAGCAAGAACCACAACAGUUGUGGAGUUUAAAAACCGAUUUUCCGAAAAUGGGAAUACUUUGACAGUCGGAGGAUCACACGCUGUUGAUGAUCUGACAUUAAUCAAGUUGAAGCUCGAUAACCAGGGGAAUUUCGGAGCACUUCUUCAGCAUGAAUUCAAACCUAAGUCCAUAUUAACAAUGGCAGCUGAAUUUGAUUACAAUUCUAUUGAUACAAACCCCAAAUUUGGCUUAUCACUUGCGCUAACGCCAUGAGUAGCCAUCCUCCGGUCAGUCAAUCUGUUCAUUGACAUGUAUGUAUCUCCUACAUUUUGUGUAUGUAACAGAUUCACAUAAAUUGUAUUGUUAUUGGGUUGUUUCGAAAAACUGGCGCAGCAGUCAUCGAAAUCAUACUUCUAUAUUGGCUUCUUGUUUCUCUUA